AUGCCUAAGCAAUCCCACGACGACGGCACUCCGUCAGAGUUAGAAAAAUCAUAUCACUGUACAAAUUGUCCGAAAAAGUUUAGUUCGGCCAAGUCUUUGGGAAACCACAGUAGAGACUAUCAUCCCUCCAAGGUCCGUGUGCGAGUGAUUGCUGAAGAUGGAAGGAUAAAUCUACAGGAUGUGAAAUCCAUCGAUGACAUCGACGAGCAUUCAGAGGAAGAUAUGAAGAGCGCAGAAAUCCUUCACAGGGUGAGGGUGGAGUUGGACCAGAGUACUCUGAACCGUAUCCUGACAAAUUGUAUGCUGGAGGCGCUUCCUUCAUUCACCAUCACUCACAAAAGUGGUGCCAUGACCACAGCACUUCUGACGCAUGCGGCUGCAAAACGGGCAUCCACGGGUCCCAUAAUAAAACUGGAGAGAAACAAAAAACCAAAGGCGCAAGCUACCUCUAAGUUAGAAGAUAUUAACUCAAAAUUAGAAUCCAGCAGAUACGGCAAACUUAUUGAUUGUAGCAGCUAUCAGUUAUUAGAACCAUCAUUUUUCGUGCAAAAUUACAAACAGGCAAAAGAGGACAUUGCUCGAAACCUUGCUGGGGCCUUAGUGUAUUCUGGAUCCCAAAUUAUUCUUAUUCUAAAAGUCGAGAUUUAUGGUCGUGAUCCAGAGGAAGACCCACACUCGUUCAACUUUGUAAAGCCAACACUAGACGUGAAAUCCGUAGCAACCAUUGAACAUGAUAAUUGUAAGAAGCUUGUGAUAGGAACACUUUUCUGGAGCACAUUGGUCACUUCUUCAAUCGAAGUAAUGACAGGAACUAUCAAUGUCGGAGCGCACAGCAAGUCUACGGAAACUGCCUUACGGUCAAUCAUUUUGGGCCACAAAGACUGGAAGCUGAAUCCUUUAGCUGAAAGGCAGCUAAGGUCGAAAUUCCACCGGAAAGAAACAUUCCAUUUCAGCGCAUCGACUUUCUUUCCAUUUUCAUAUUGGGAUUGCGUCCCAAUAACAAUAUUCAAUCUGAAACGCCAUUUCAGCAGAAAAUCCUCAAUGACGGGAACAAAGGCGGCUGCUGCGUUGUUCAAAAAGAUAUUUGAAUCGAAAAAGAAAAUAAUUAAGAAGAAGUGGUUGGAAGAGCUUCUCCAUGAUGACAAAAUCAAUGGUGCAGAAAAAAUACAGGAUAUCAUAGCUGCCAUCGUGAGGCUGAUUCCAUGA